AUGGAACCAGAAUCGACUGACAACAGUAUCUAUGUCGUUAAUGGCAUGCAUCCUUGCUAUAAAUCACACAAUACAUCUUACAUAUUUGCAAGCAACCCUUCCAUAAUAUGUCUAUUGUUAUGUAUUUUCCUUGGUUCAUUGUCUGUUGUCACAAUAUGUGGAAACCUUCUUGUAAUAAUCUCUGUCAUUUACUUCAAACAGCUCCACAUCCCUACUAACUACCUCAUCCUCUCUCUGGCUGUGGCUGACCUGCUUGUUGGUCUUUUAGUCUUUCCUUUCAGCAUGGCCUUCACUGUAACUUCAUGUUGGUAUUAUGAGGGUUUAUUAUGUAAAGUAAGAGGCAGCUUUGAUGUCACACUAAGCACAGCCUCUAUUUUGAAUUUAUGUUGUAUUUCUAUUGACAGAUAUUAUGCAGUGUGUCAGCCUCUCUCUUAUAAACGUAGAAUAAAUGAUUGUGUUAUUGGUGUAAUGAUCUUUGUGAGCUGGGGUGUUUCUGCACUGAUUGGAAUUGGCAUUAUAAUUGCAGGAUUCAAUCAAGGAAAAUGUGAAGAAAGUUGUUUAAUUGAUGCUCUAAUAUCAACCACUCUGGCAUGCAUUUUUUCCUUUUAUAUCCCAGUGAUCAUAAUGCUCUGCAUCUACCUGAAGAUUUUUCUUGUGGCACAGAGACAGGCACGCAGCAUCCAGAGCACAAAGUAUGGAGCUACUGUCAGUAAAAUGGAGAAAAAGGCCACCAAAACACUUGCUGUAGUUAUGGGAGUUUUUAUUUUAUGUUGGACUCCCUAUUUUCUUUGUAUUAUCUUUCAGCCUGUAACACGUGAUCAAACUCCAGUUGCUGUGGUAGAAACACUUAACUGGCUUACAUUGUCUAAUUCCAUGCUCAAUCCAUUUAUUUAUGCUUUCUUUUACAGCUGGUUUAGAUCUGCCUUUAAAUUGAUCAUUUCUGGAAAAAUAUUUCAAGGUGAUUAUACCAACUCAAAACUCCUUUGA